AUGCCCGCCGAAGCCCCUUACUCCGGCUCCCAGCAUGCUCCGCUGGAUCCUACCCCCUCCCGCCCAGGCUCGUCGAGGUCGUCAGGCAAGCGAAAGGCGUCCUUCGUAGAUGUCCCUAGCGCUAGGGCUCGAAAGCGUCCACGGGCCCCUCAACCGCCGCCUGCUUCGCCACAUGCAAAGCGGAGGGCUAGAAGGCAGCGAGCCCAGGGCGGAGCCUUCGGGUACCAGCCGAAGUUCAGCCAUGCCCAGAAUGCCAGCUCAAUCUACGCCGGCCUUCACCUCAGCGAUAUUCUUGGCAGCACCUCCGGGUACCUCGGUAAAGAGCGGGUUGAUCCCGACCGUCGCGACAGCAUUUGGUCACUGGAUCAGAUGGUAGGCGAAGGUUCCACCCAUGGGAUGAAGCUCAUCAAGAUCAACCUCACUAAUCCGGGCAUAGCAUUUUGUGUCCCAGCCUGA